UUGUUUGGUUAUUUCAUGCAAACGACAGCAUAUUAGUUUUAUGGAUUGGUUAAAGUCGCAUCCGGACGAAAGGACAAGUCAGUACGACUUAUGAAAAUGCAGUCUUCCUGUCUGUCGCUCCUAGUUCGCACAAUCUAGAGAGGUGCACGUGAGUGAGAGAAAUUAUGUCGGUGGACGCUCUUUGGUUUCUUGUGGUUGUCUUGGCAAUUUGUCCGAAAUUCGUGACAUCAACUCUAGUUGACGAAUUUCACCAACCAUCACCUGAAAACGACAAUGACAACACACUGUCACCUAAGUCGAAAGCAGUCAGUUCCAUGCUUCAGAAGUUGGACAGCGGGAGGAAGGUGGCGCACCGUCCACGAAAAAGGGUCUGUUCGUGGUGGUGUCACGGAAGACACUACCGGCCUGUGUGUGGAAUUGACGGUGUGACGUAUUCCAGCCAAUGUAUGGCCCACUGCCUAGGUGUUAGGGAGGCGUGCAACCACCAGUGUCCUUGUCACCCUCACUCCAUGUGCAGUACUUGUGGACAGGAAGUGGACCCAGUGUGUACAACUAAUGGGGAGUCCUACAGGAACCCCUGCUGGGCUAAAUGCAGCUUUGCAAACGUGGCGUGCACUGGACCAUGUCCAUGUGUACCAACAACUACUUCAACUACACCCGCUAGCUGCUCGUGUCCACCAAGUUCCGGUCUUGUCUGUGGAUCUGAUGACGUCACUUACGGAGGAGAAUGCCAGGCCAACUGCGGCGGUGCAACGGUCCAGUGUGAAGGAGCCUGCCCCUGUCCUGCUCCCUGUGAAUGCCCCAUUGAGAGUGACCCAGUGUGUACCACUGACAACAAGACCCUCAUCAACCCUUGUACCGCCACGUGCUUGAAUGAAAACAUCGCAUGUAAUGGGAGUUGUCCAUGUCCGAAACAAUGUCCAUGUCCAAAAAUAUACAACCCUGUUUGCGGUACAGACGGUAUCACGUACGCCAACCCAUGUCUUGCACAGUGUCAGGCGGCGACGAUUGCUUGUUCCGGAGAAUGUCCCUGCCCAACGCCUUGCAACUGUUCUGAUGUUGUAGCACCCGUCUGUAGCACCAAGGGAGAUAAUUACACCAACGCAUGCCAGGCGGCGUGCGAGGCGGCUACCGUUGCAUGUAAUGGAACGUGUCCUUGUACAGAGCCCUGUGCCUGCAGUACCGAGGUGUCCCCCGUUUGCGGCACCAACAACGUGACGUAUCCCAACAGCUGUACCGCUAAAUGUUUGGAUGUGAGUGUGGACUGUGAUAACGAAUGUCCUUGCUGUGACUGUAAGGGUUAUCCGGAGUCCCUCGUGUGUGGCUCUGACGACAAAGUGUACAUCAAUAGCUGUCAACUGGAGUGUGCAGGGGUAGCUUUGGAGUGUCCUGGGUUCUGUCCUUGCCCAAAGAAGGAAAAGGAACAGCGGACGUCAAGCACCACCCAGUCAAUGUUUGAAUGGUUCCUCUCCUCGGUUUUGGCGGCAGUUGCAAACGUAGAUCCCAUAGACAACUAGACUGAUGAACUCUAUAAAAUCCUUUCCUCUUGGCAUAUAUUUUUCCUGAAGUUGCAUACAACAUUUUGAUAAAAUCAUAGUUUAAUGUUUACAAGAACCGGUAAUACAUCUACAAUCUCUUCAUUGUAUAAUAUCACAGUAGUAAGCCUUGUACAUCUGUUCUGUCUUUGUAUGCCCUGAUUUGAUCACCUGAUAAAAAUGUGAGGUACUAAAA